GGCUAACACGGAUUGGCUAUCCGUCGUUCAGCGGUCGAAUUUGGAAAGACAUGCAGCGAGCGUCAGGGAUGACAAUGUCAUUCGGCCAACAUGACGGUAUAUAUUCGAUCCACACUUCGUCCAGUUUCCUUUCCAAUUCUUUCCCUCACCACCAUUGCUGUCUGUCUCGUUCUGUUGUCCUCCUCGUCAACCCCUUUCAUUCCUCCGUCUCUCCCCUCCUCUCAACUUGGGCCUGGUGCUCAUCAUACCCUAUCCGCCUUAACAGCUAAGCAACCACUUUCAUUUUGGCUUCGCACACCCUCUCGCAUUCCAAGGACCCUCGCUCUUCCAUCUCCCCCCCACAGCGACUGGCUUCGCUGCCCUAUUUGACUCGAGCGGUCCAAUUUUUCCAACAGCUAAGCCUCCUAUCCGAUCCUCCCUACCGCCCCAAUACCCAAGUCUCUGGAGAAUUGACAAUCUCAGGUC